CUAACCCCUAACCAUUCUUUACCCCCAAAAACCAAAAAAGCUCACAAAUUUGACCGUUUUUUCUGCUUUCUUCUUAUACUAUGAACACCCUUUAACCCCUAUUACAACACCCACAUAAAUCUUUACAAAUCAAUAACACACACACACACACACACUAAUCCAUCUCCAAUGGGUUGUUUUCUUGGAUGUUUCGGGUCUUCGGUUGAUCGAAAACGUAAAAAACAGAGGUACAAGGUUAUUCCUAGAGAUCAAAAGCCUAGAAUUCAGGACAUUUUAAAAGUUGAUGCAUCAUUAGAUCAAAGCAUUAGAGAAAGAUUAUCCAAUCCACUUACAAAUUCAAGAGAGAAGACCGAGGUACCAUUGAGCUUGAAGAGGCGAAAAAAAGUAACAUUUGAUACAAAUGUCACAACCUAUGAACCCAUUCAAGUGUAUGCAAGCACAGAAUCUUUGUUGGAAAAAAAUGAAAAAGGCGAAACUUUUCCUAAAUCAUCCCAGCCCGAUUCAGUUGUUUCGAGCAUACCAAAUUAUAGGUAUGGAAAUUGCGUCGAGAGUGACGAUGAAAUCGAUGAUUUAGAGCAUGAAGACUAUGAUCUUGAUGACGACGAUGAAGAUUAUGAUUUGGAAGAUGAAGAACAUUAUGAUGAUAAUAUUGAUGAUGAUUGUCAUGAUCAUAAUCAUGACGAAGUUUUGGUUCCAUCAAUGGAGUUAAAAAGGAUUGCGCGCGAUGGAAAUGGUUAUAUUCCAUCUGUGUUGAACCCUGUGGAGAAUCUAUCUCAAUGGAAAGCAUUGAAAUCAAACGGGUCAACACGAAAACCGUUGACUUUCAAUGGGCAAAAGGAGAAUUUGAAUUCGCGCGAAUCGGAUGAUCAAAAUCAAGAAACAGCAGUAAAUGCCAGUCUAUCAAACUGGCUGGUUUCUGCUGAGAAAAUCACAAGAAAUAACAAAAGGGUUGCAUGCUACAACACUCAGCUUGAUAUCACUACUACUUGAGAGUUCAAGGGGUAAAAAGGUAAUUUGUGGAUUGUAUUUUUACAUUUCUUGUGGAUUUUAUGUGUCUUUGUUGAAAAAGUUUGGAUCUUUGAAACCAAUCUAGUGGUAUGUUCAUGGGUAUAGAGGGGUGAGAAGGUAAUUUGGCAGAAAGCUUGUUGCAUAAAGAAGCUACUUUGAGAGUUCAGAAAGCUUUAAACAUAGGUUUAAAUGGAUUAAAUUUGUUCAUGAUGUUUA